UCUUUGAUAUUUUUAAGGGAAAAAAACAGAGAAAAAAAAAAUCUACAGCCAUGGUGGAACUAAUCCACAAGUUUUUGAAUUUGACAGCUCCAACUUUCACAUUCUUCUCACUCUUCCUCUUCUAUCCACCUUUCCUGUUUUUCAAGUUCUGCCAAUUCCUCUUGAGCUAUGUUUUCAGUGAGAAUAUUGCUGGGAAAGUGGUUCUUAUAACUGGGGCUUCCUCAGGAAUUGGUGAGCAUUUGGCUUAUGAAUAUGGUAGUAGAGGGGCUUGUUUGGCUCUUGUUGCCCGGAGGGAAGACCGGCUUAGAGAUGUUGUGGAACAAGCUCGAGACAUUGGCUCACCUGAUGUGCUUAUGAUUGUUGCUGAUGUUUCCAAGGUUGAAGACUGUAAGAGGAUUGUUGAUGAGACUAUGGAUCACUUUGGGAGACUGGACCAUCUUGUGAACAAUGCUGGAAUAAGCUCUGUCUCUAUGUUUGAAGAAAUAACCAACAUCACUGCUUUUAGAGCGCUUAUGGAUACAAACUUCUGGGGUUCGGUCUAUACGACACGUUUUGCAAUCCCACGUCUUAGAAACAGCAGAGGCAAGAUCGUAGUGCUUUCUUCCUCUGCUUCCUGGUUGCCUACGCCAAGAAUGAGCAUCUACAACGCAAGCAAAGCAGCAUUGUUAACAAUGUUUGAGACACUGAGGGUUGAAUUAGGAUCCGUUGUCAACAUAACAAUUGUGACCCCUGGUUUCAUAGAGUCCGAACUCACUCAAGGCAAAUUCCUUGACCAAGAAGGAAAAAUGAUAAUUGAUCCAGAUGUAAGAGAUGCCCAAAUAAGUGCAGUUCCGAUAAGGACAGUGCGAGCCUGCGCAAAAUCAAUAGUGAAGAGCACUCUAAGAGGACAAAGGUACUUGACGGAGCCGCCAUGGUUCAAGGUGUCGUAUAUUUGGAAGGUGUUUUGCCCUGAAGUUCUCGAGUGGGGCUUCAGAUUUUUCUACCUCGGUAGGCCUGGAAAAUCGGCCACAGAAGCUCCAGCCAAGAAAAUUGUCGAUUUCACCGGGGCUAAGAAUGUUCCCUAUCCAUCUACCCUCCAAGCUCCGGAAGAUCAUGAUGAGACUGCGGAAGAUCAUGAUGUGACUGUGGAAGAUCAUGAUGAGACUGCGGAAGAUCAGGAUAAGACUGAUUGACAAAUUAGAGGGGAUAUAAUUUCUAUGUAUAAUAUGUAAUCCACUUGCUUGGUCAAGUCAAUAAAUGUUGGUAGACACGUGAAAAAUACUUAGGGUACUGUCCGUGUUAAGCACUAAUAGUUGGUGUGUGCUGCCCGUUGUGGGACGGUAAGUGCAUUGAUAGUAAUUGUGUGCCGCCCGUUGAUAGUAGGUGUGUGCUGCCCGUUGUGGGACGGUAAGCGCAUUGAUAGUAGUUGUGUGCCGCCCGUUGUGAGGUUCCGCCUGUUGUGGGGUUCCGGGUUCCGCUAUCAGUGGGUGGUGUUUAGCAUUAUUAGUGCUACGUGGUAUUUGUUGUUGUUGUGUAGGUGUGCUUUGUGCUCUUAGUCUCGUACAACCUUUUUUUGUUGUGUUUAUUAUGCUUCUAACAAGAAAAGGAAAAAGAAAAAAAAGGACGGUUUUGUUGUGUAUAUGGAGUUUCUUCUGUUUGUCUCCGGGCGUCAAAAGGUUUUGUGUUAGUAUAUAUGCAAAGAAG